AUGCUAGCAGCGCCGUCGACGCCGGCUUUAGCAGUAACCGCAUUGAACAACCUCCAGGACGUUGUCACAGCAGACUCCUUCCUAUCGCUGGAGCUCGCCAUCGAACAGGAAAAGAAGGCACAGCGAGCCCUGACCAUCGCUGAGAAGGUGCUCCUUCUGGCAAAGAACGAGCGCGACGCAUGCAAGACGAGAAAGCUGAUGGCGACCCAGGACGUCAUCGAAGCUCGGACCACUGAAAAGGAGAAGACCCGCAUCGCCAAGAAGAAGAGGGAAGAGAAGAUGCAAGACGAGCGACCCGGCACCAAGACAACGACCAGGACAAGCAAGAGGCAACGCGCGACAUCAAAGCCGAAGGCACGUCAGCAUCAUCGACACAAAAAGACCAGAUCCGCAGCAGAAAACUCGGCAGAACGGGAGGAUGAACCAGAUGCAGAGAGCACAGAGCGCCCCGACGCCGCACCGCAGCUGGAGAAGAAUGGCGAUCGCACCGGCGAAGACCACGCCGGCUAG